AUGGCGACUUGGAAAAAGGAGGUAUUUUUGGAGGUGAUGAAGAGUGAUUACAUUCCAGUUAUAGUUUCAAAGAUAUUAGGAUCUGAAGACUUAUAUGCAGAGUGUAAGAGACAGAAAUCAAGGUCAUCUCUGGCUGGAGAAAUGGAAGGAAAGGUCACACAGUAUGAACAUAGCUACCAGCAAAGGGUCCCAGGAAAGAAAAAUGAUGGGCUGAGCAUUUCAAACUUCUGGAAUACCACAUCUACUUCCAUCAUUUUCCUGCUAACUGGUGUUCCCGGGCUGGAAGCCUUCCACACCUGGAUCUCCAUUCCCUUCUGCUUUCUCUACAUAACCACCCUCUCGGGAAACAGCCUGAUCCUCUUUGCCAUUGUCACCCAGCCCAGCCUCCAUGAACCCAUGUAUUAUUUCCUGUCCAUGCUGUCUACCACUGACCUCGGCCUGUCCAUAUCCAUCCUGGUCACCAUGUUGGGUAUAUUCUGGUUCUACGUCAGGGAGAUCAGCUUUAAUGCCUGCUUGUCACAGAUGUUUUUUAUUCAACUUUUCAUUGUCAUGGAAUCCUCAGUGCUGUUGGCCAUGGCCUUUGGUCGUUUUGUGGCCAUCUCUAAUCCACUCAGGUAUGCCACCAUUUUAACUGAUUCCAGAAUAGCUCAAAUUGGAGUGGCAAUUGUCAUCAGGGGGACACUAAGGCUGACACCAGUGGUUGCACUUCUUAAAAGACUGUCCUUCUGCCACAGCCACGUGCUCCACCACUCCUACUGCUUCCACCCUGAUGUAAUGAAGCUCUCGUGCACAGAAACCAGGAUCAGCAAUGCAGUUGGGUUGACUGCCAUGAUCUCUACUGUUGGUGUGGACUCAAUCCUCAUCCUCCUUUCUUACAUUUUGAUUAUUAAGACUGUCCUCAGCAUUGCAUCCCCAGAAGAGAAGAAGAAAGCCUUCAGCACAUGUAUCUCCCAUAUUGGGGCUGUUGCUAUUUUCUGCCUUCCAUUGAUCAGUCUGUCCUUUGUUCACAGAUUUGGGAAACAAGCCCCAGCCUAUGUUCAUACAAUGAUUGCUAACACGUACCUCCUGAUCUCUCCUGUAAUGAACCCCAAUAUCUACAGUGUGAAGACCAAACAGAUACGCAGAGCUGUGAUAAAAAUUCUCCAUUCCAAAGAUACAUAGAAUCACAGAAUUCUAGAGAUGGCCUACAUUGUCAA